UGCGUUUCUGUUUAGAAGAAGUUUGAAGCAGUAGAACCAGCCGUACCAAGACGCGCAGAAAUGAAUGCAGGCCUGAGCAAAAUACACUUUGUCAAUUCGACGGGUGUUUCGCUGAACGAUCGGUUCACUUCCAUGACCAAGACGCAGCAUGUAGGAUUCGGACCGAUGCCGACCGGGAUGGAUGUUCCCAUUCCCCGACCAACUUCAGUUGCCAUGGUAGACAACAGCAACCGUCGACUGAUUGAUCAGUGGGAUCGUUUGCAUGCCUUACACGCGCUGGCUACUAAGGCCACUACCAGCAACAUUCGUCCGGCCCGACAGCGGCUGCAGCGCAAUACGUUGGCCCAGCAGAUGAAGCGUAAUGUGACAAGGUUGCCCGGAGGCGUACGUCGUUUGCAACGAUCAAACAGUUUUACCGAUAUUGCAACGAUGAAUGCCGACCGUGUGGAAUUGUUGCAGAGAGUUCGUGGUCGUACUCCCACGAUCUCUUCCCGGCUAGGGGCGACACGCACCGUACCACGCGGGCGCAGCAUGCAACGUGGACGUAGCGCGUCGCGCACUCGCAGUACAUCCCGAGGACGUCAGCCAUCGCUGACUCGUUCAAACUCGCAAACGAAUCUGCAGCGUGCCGGAUCUCGCACUAAUCUGACACGCGCCGGAUCUCGCACCAACUUGACGCGCGCUGGAUCCCGCACCAAUCUGUCACGUGCCGGAUCACGUACCAACUUGACCCGCGCCGGAAGUCGCAACGGACUGAACACAGUGCGUAAAACCAUCGCACCGAACGAUGCCCGUCGUCGCAUUAACCGCAAUAAUCUGAUCGCCAAUCGGCUGGGCACAGUUAACGGAGCAGCCGUCACACGGGGCCGUAGCCGCAGUCGAAGCCGUGUUCGUGGAGCAGCAGCAAAUAAUAUGCCGACAGAUGUUGCUGCUAAUGGCCGUGCACGAUCACGAUCCCGCAAACGUGCCGGAUCUAGAACGCGCGCCGCAAGCGUAAACAGUCGGCUCGGUGCGAACCGUACAAACGAGCUUGUCGGCACAAGCGUUGGCCGAGUCAAUGGAGGCCGGGUGACAAAACGAAGCCGCAGCAUCCGCCGAGGUGGUGCGGCAAAUGGGUCGACUGUCGGUGCACGCGCAGGACGCCCGCUAAAGAGAGAAGCACCCAAACGCAAAGGAGUCGCAAAGGGAGGUAAAGCAACUGGUCGAGUGGCAAACAAUGGCGGUGCAGCUAAUGGUAAGGCCGCAGGUGCCGGUGCAUCCGGAGGAAGACGCGGACGAUCCCGCUCGCGGCGGGAAAACUCACGCGUUCGUGGACGCAGUGCAUCGAAGAAUCGUACCGGGCAUGUAAAGCAACAGCCCAAGAGCCGCGAACAGCUGGACAGCGAACUAGAUCAGUAUAUGGCAAAUACCAAGUCAUCGCUCGAUAAGGAAAUGGACCAGUACAUGAACGGCUUCGGUUCUGCGCGCAUCUGAAGCAGUUUUUCCCAGAUCGAAC